UAUGCUAUAUUUAAGUUACAGUUGACCAUAUUUAUUUCAACAAACAGUCCUUAUGAGUGCAGAAGACAGUAUUUCCUAUGUAAUGUUAUUUCCAUGCAGGUCCAGCUCCGUGUCCGGGUUUACAGUCAGAAACAGUGCGCAGCUAUUGGCAGUGAUUUGUUGAAUUAAUGUGGCGGUUAGGCCAAUCUAAGAGUGUCUCCAGCAGAGAGAAAGGGGAACUGACGUGUUUCUCCAGCACCGGGAUUCGUCGUGUCGAUUUGUUUGUUUAUUUCGCUCUGCUGCGCGUGCCGUGUCCUGCUGACGCCGCGCGCGCUUCCCAGUGACAAAAAGCCGCUCUGCAGUUUGACCAAUCAAAGCGCUUAUCAGACUUUAUCGCUGUGGCGAACAAGUUGCACAGUUUCAUGCCUGUCACAUUUUUGUCAGUUCGUCAAAAGAAGAGAUGGUACCGGGUUCAGAGCGCCCCUCCUGCGGUCCCGAGGUCUCUCUUGUGGAAUCCCCGCUGGACCUUUAAAAGUCAACAUGCCGUAUAACGCCAGGGUCCUGCUUCUUCUUCUUCUGUCUCUGAUUCUAAUGGCAGAGUCCCGGAGGCUGGGAAGCAGGAGAAAGCGAUGGUCCGAGCCGGGAGAGACUCUCAAGCCAGGAAAGGCCCUGGGGGAAACACCUGAUGCUGUGGUUCUUGUUGGGAAGGCAGGCUUGGAGGCUGCCAUGGUGAACGGUCCUCUGUCAAGGAAGAUCAUUGAUGGCACCAAAACACGGAAGCUGAAAACCAGCCACCUUCUGCGUGUGGAUGAGCAUGACUUCACCAUGAGGCCAGCAUUCGCAGGUCCAGCUGUCCCAGUUGGAGUGGAUGUUCAGGUGGAGAGUUUGGACAGCAUAUCGGAAGUUGACAUGGACUUCACCAUGACUCUGUAUCUAAGGCACUACUGGAAGGACGAAAGGUUGGCUUUUCCAAGCGCCACAAAUAAGAGCAUGACAUUUGAUGGGCGCCUAGUGAAAAAAAUCUGGGUCCCUGAUGUGUUCUUCGUCCAUUCUAAGAGGUCCUUCAUCCAUGACACCACCACCGACAACAUCAUGCUGAGGGUCUUUCCAGAUGGCCAUGUUCUGUACAGCCUGAGGGUAACAGUUACUGCUGCUUGCAAUAUGGAUUUCAGUCGUUUCCCUCUGGAUUCACAAACAUGCACUCUGGAGCUGGAGAGCUAUGCUUACACUGAUGAAGACCUGAUGCUUUACUGGAAAAGUGGGGAUGAGUCCCUGAGCACAGAUGACAGGAUCUCUUUAUCUCAGUUUCUCAUCCAGAAGUUUCACACCACCUCCAGACUGGCUUUCUACAGCAGCACAGGCUGGUACAACCGGCUGUACAUCAACUUCACCCUACGGCGGCACAUCUUUUUCUUCCUGCUGCAGACGUACUUUCCUGCCACUCUGAUGGUCAUGCUGUCCUGGGUGUCCUUCUGGAUCGACCGUAGGGCUGUUCCUGCCAGAGUCUCUUUAGGUAUAACUACGGUGCUCACUAUGUCUACCAUUAUUACUGGAGUCAACGCCUCCAUGCCAAGGGUCUCUUACAUCAAAGCUGUCGACAUUUACCUCUGGGUCAGUUUUGUCUUUGUAUUCCUCUCUGUGCUUGAAUAUGCAGCGGUCAACUAUCUGACCACAGUGAGGGAUGGUAAAGACCGGAAGCUAAGAGAAAAACUAAAGGAACAGUCCCAAACGUUGCCCUGCACCUGUGGCAUGCCUCACACCAAGACCAUGAUGCUGGACGGAAUGUACAGUGAGGCUGAUGCAAACAGUCUGGCAGGGUACACCAGAGCCUCUAUGGCAGCUGAGGAUCCGUCCGACAAACAGGAGCAGAUGGUGGUCCAUCUCACAUUGGACAAUGAGUCCACAGAGACUAAGAAGAAGGGCAUUCGCAGCUUCCGCAUAAUCCAGAACACCCACACCAUUGACACUUACUCCCGCAUGAUCUUCCCAGGUGCUUACAUCCUAUUCAACCUGAUCUACUGGUGUGUGUACUGCUGAGUGUGUGCAUUUUAAAUAAAGCUCCAAAAAAGGAAAAUG